AUGAAUCGAAGUAAUUCCCCAAUUCAAAGACCUCUUUCAAAUAUUUCUAACAGAAAACUAACUUUUAAUAAGUUAUCAACUAAAUAAAAUGACAGCAUAUCAAAACCUUUUGCUCAAAAUUCAGUCGUAUUUCCCCAACACUUUGAGACUGCAAAAUCAACUAUUUAAGAACUCAAAUCCUCAAAAAACAAUAUCAUAACCCCAAAAAGUAGUAUUACUUCAUUUACUUCGACUCCCAGACUCAGUUCAUCCGAUUAUGAUGAUCGUAAGUCUAAAAUGUUGAAGAGGACAUUUAAUAAUUAAUAAAAAACUAAAUUUGUUUUGUUUAAGAUACUAGUUUUUUUGAGUAUUAUAGCCUUUGCCCUUUUGCUUUACUAAAUAUAAGCAAACCUAUUUUCCGAAUCAAAGUCAAAUAAAAUUUCUAAUGAAGUUCAAAUUGCCAAAGAAAGAAUGAUAGCAGACAGCAUUUCUAAUUCCAUAAUUCAAACUGUGGUUUACGAGCGCAAAAAGAUCAAUCUACAGAAGGAGAAGAACGAUGUUAAAUCAUUUUAUUAAGACGAAUUUUCAUCUAAUUUAUGGAAAAUAGUUCUUGAAAAUGUGAAUAGAGACAUAAGAGUAAGAUUAGAAAAAUAAGAAAAUGAAGAGUUCUGGACUGUUUGAUUAAUUAAUUUUCAUAAGAUUUAUAAAUUUAUGUCUAAAAUACAACAGU